GCGCUAGGCCGGCUUCUCUCCGCGCCGCGCAGAUAAAGUGCCGGUGGCCAAGUGCUUGCGAAGGGCUGCCAGCCGCGCGGCGUCCGCCACACGCCAGAGCGUCGGGGUCAUUGUGUCGUGACAGCGACGCCGCUACCGUCUCCGCGACAGCAGGUGCGGCCGCUUUAGCCCCAAGCGGGCGCGGCGGCUGCCUGGCGAGUCUCUGCUCGCACCCAGCCCUUUCCUUCCUGGAGUCGGCAGGCGCCAAACAGCGACGCUGAGCCGACCGCCGGAGCGGCGGGCAAUGGCGGCCUCGACGGCCUCGCACCGGCCCAUCAAGGGGAUCCUGAAGAACAAGAGCUCCACGACUUCCUCUGUGGUGGCCUCGGCCGAACAGCCCGGCAGGAGCGUGGACGAAGAGCUGAGUAAAAAAUCCCAGAAGUGGGAUGAAAUGAACAUCCUGGCGACAUAUCAUCCAGCAGACAAAGACUAUGGUUUAAUGAAAAUAGAUGAACCUAGCACUCCUUACCAUAGUAUGGUAGGUGAUGAUGAAGAUGCAUUGAGUGAUUCAGAAACCACUGAAGCCCUGACCCCGGAUAUCUUAGCUAAAAAAUUAGCUGCUGCUGAAGGCUCGGAGCCAAAGUAUCGAGUUCAUGAACAAGAAAGCAGUGGAGAUGAGGAUAGUGACCUCUCACCUGAAGAACGAGAAAAAAGGCGACAGUUUGAAAUGAAAAGGAAGCUUCACUACAAUGAAGGACUGAAUAUUAAGUUAGCUAGACAAUUAAUUUCAAAAGACCUACAUGAUGAUGAUGAGGAAGAUGAAGAAAUGUCAGAGGCUGCAGCUGGAGAAAGCAUGAAUGUGGAAGCAUCAAAUGAAGGAUCUACUACAACUGACCAACUGCAAGAUACAUCACAGAGUUCAUAGAAGAGAUUUGUCCAACACUGUAAUUGUUUGUCAAAUACAAACCCUUGUACUAUGAUAUACUGCUUCUUGUUCUCUACAAUUCAUGACUUAAGUACCAAAUGCAUACCAGUUAUUAUAUAUUGCCAAGAAUUAAGUAACUUUAGAGACUAAUUAGACUGAAAAUUCUUAAUUGAUACAUAUAUUCUCGUGCCUAGUACUUCACCACAAGUACAGCAUAAUGCCAUCAGUCCAGAACUGCAUCUUUUGUAAGAACACUGGUUAAUUUGUAUAUUAUAUAGCUUUUUAUGCUUUAGAAGUUAAACAGUAUCUUUUGGGGAGGGGAUCUAAUUUAUUUUAUUCACUCUAGAUAUGAUGGCUCUUAUAAAAAGUUUUUUUUUUUAAUCAAAAUCCAAUUGGAACAAUAGACUAUAGACUGAUAAAUAUUCAGUCUGAAAAGUAUUUUAACACGUGUCUUCAGCUUGAUUUGUCUGUUUAAUUGAAAAGGAUUAUAAGAGUUACUGUAGCAUUUUCUGGCCUACUACCUUUAAAAUUCCUGUUGAGUUUCUUUACGUUUACAAGGAAAGGAUUGAACUUUUUCUCAUCAUACCUAGUUUUUUUCACAAAUAAACUAUCAGGUUAAACUUGCA